CCCCCCGGGGAAGCCCCGCCCCCCGUGUCCUAGCGACGGGGACGCGGCGGCUGCGGGACCCUCACCUGCCCCGAGCCGCGGCCGCCCCGAGCCGCCGGUGCCGCCGCCAUGAGCGGCCCGCAGCCAGGAUAUCUUGCAACCUACAACAGCCUUACAGACAAACACCUGGUUGGGUAUUUCAACAACACCAGAAUAAGACGGCAUCUUCAGAGAUCAGGACUGAUCUCAAGGAGUGGAAGAAUAAUACCUGAGAAGGAAUACCGGCUAAAUGCUCUGAGGAGGGAUCACCAGAGAUACGUACAGGAGUGCCUGGCUCGCGCCAUAUUUCACAAGGUCCUUGACAUAGAGCGCCAUCAUCAGCGGGAAAUAAAGCAGCAGCUUGAAAGUUCUGUGAGGAAGGAGAGGGUGCAGAAGGUCAAGAUGGAGCAGUUCAGAAGAUCAGUGGAAGGUGUCAACCCUAUGCACUUCCCGCAUCCACCACUUGCUCCAAGAUAUCAUUAUGGACUCCAUCCUUUUGUGGCUGAGGAAACAGCUGGUCACUCACAACUGAGGGCACCUGGACACUGUGAUUACAGUGGUGGACAUCCUCCUCCUCAUCACCAGCCCAAGGAACCUGACUUUUCUAGGGUGACUUCCUGGCGACCCAACACAGCUCCAGGGAACAUGCAGCACCCCCCUCGCCUCCAGCCGCUUCGCAGCCGUGCUGCAGAGGGGUCUCUACCAAAGACUUCAAGCUCUAGCCACAGGUGCCACGUGCUGAGAUGUGUCAAGCAGUUUGUCACCAGGCAGGAGAGGAAUGGAUCAAGACUUCUGAAUUCAGUGAAGUGUGUGACUGGUGUAUCCCCAUAUCAACUCCCUGCCAUCAACAACUAUGUGAUGCCAGUGCCACCUCCUCGCCUGCAAAAAAGGGGCCUAAAUGCAGAGAGGAAUGGGAUGCCCAGAGGGAGACAAUUUCAUCUUGCCACUGCACCCAGUGAUGCAGAGCAACCUCCAAAGAAGCCCGCUGGAGGGUUCCCCAGGUCCCCACUCCGCAGCAACGCCUGUGUUACCAUGGUCUUCCUGGGAAAAAGCGUGCAUUUAUCUCACGAUGAUGCUGAUUGCAGGGAUGAAAUCAAAGUCUAUCAGCAGCAUUGUGGAGGAGAGAACCUCUGUGUCUACAAAGGCAGGCUGAUGGCAGGAGAGACCUUUCAGUUCAUCUCAAAGAGGCACCGUGGCUUCCCAUUCAGCCUUACCUUUUUUCUCAAUGGGAUACAAGUGGACAGGUUGAGCUGCUGCUGUGAGUACAAGCAUCAGAAAGGUUCCAGGCUGGGAGGCAAACAUGGGUCCUUCGCGAUUCUGCACGUGGAGGGAGCAUCUCCUUGCUACAGGUGCAUUAUUGCAAUGGGUCUGGACAAAGAGCCAUCCCCUCCCAAGAGGAAGGUGAAGGAGGACCAUGAGGAAAAGUAUGUGGGUUUCUGGGGAGAUGGAGCCUAUAGUGAGCCAAGCAAAAGCCGUGCUGAGCAGAAAUCCAGAAGAAAUUCAGUGUUAGUCAUCCUGCCAAGUCAUGAAGCAACUGUGGAAACUGCUCGGGGUGAAAUGAAGACCAAACGGGAGUAUGGAAAAGAAGAGAUGAAAAAGCCAGCUGAUUGUGAGAGGGAAGGCGGUCAGGAAGACACCAUUAAAAAUGAGUAUGAUGAAGAUUUUGAAGCAGAUGAAGAAGUUAAUGAAGAGGGACAGACCAAUGAUCAAAUGAAUGGGAUGUCAAAGUCACCCUCAGAUGAUAAAAACCAUAAUUUAGACUAUGAAAAUGAGAGCAAAACCUCAUCACAGAAAGCGCUGCAGGCCUCUGACAGUGAGGAGGAUGAAAGUGAUGGGUAUUCUGACAGCAGCUCUGAGGAUGAUGAACAAGGUGGGAGGCCUGUGCACUCUUUCUCAUCCGUCAGCACCCAGUACAGCAGUGAAGAUGACUCUUGUGCUGAAACAACGAAAGAUGAUGUUGAGGGCAAAGAGGAGCAUAACGAUGAAAGGGCAUCUGAUAACACAGCACAUGAACAGUUUGGAAAUGAGAAUGGGGAGAAUAAAGUGCACAGAGUGGAGGAAAAUCAGGAAACUUCUGUACUGGAAAAGGAAGGAAUAGAUGGAGCAGAAAAGGCAAAACCAGAAGAUCUAACAGCAAGGGGAGACACUGGAAUUUUUAAUGAAAAUACAACAGCAGAGCAGCAUCAAAGUCUUGAAGUUAACAGGGAACUCGACCAGCCUGCAUCAGUCCAAAGUGACGCAGAGGAAGAUGAGGAGAACACCAGUACUGGGAGAGGUGAUGGGCAGGAAGGUGUUCUAGUGCCUUUGGAAAGCAGUGUGACAGAAGUGGAGGACAGCAGUGAUGAGGCUCCUUAUAGUGAUGAAGGACGGGUUUUUGACGGUUGCAAACCAGCCCAGGAGGAGAUGGCAAAGGCAGUUGCAAAUGAUCACCAUGUGAAUUCUGAACCUGAACCUGGUGAUUCCCAUGUGGAUGAGGAAGAAGAGCACACAACAAGUGCAGAGCUUGGUGCCAGUGAAGCACCAGAUGCAGCCUCUUUGGCUGAAGGAGCAAGAACACUUGACGAGCAGAAGGCAGCAAAACAAGUGGUACAAGACGGGCAGAUGGAAGGGGAGAAACAAGCACUUGAGGAGGAAGAGUCUGUGGCUGAGGGAGGAGAUGCUCAAUCCGAAGAUGCAGAAGAAGUGGCACGGGUGGGAGAUCUGCUGCCCAAGGAGGACACCGUGGCUGUGCUGCUGAUGGAGAGUCUGCUCGCGGUGCGGGAAUCUGCACCUGAGGAGAGCACCCGAGCAGAAGGAGAUCCCAAAGGACAGGAGACAUGGAAGGGAGCGGAGACUGGUGCAGAGGUGGCACCUGGGGAACAGGAGGGUGUGAUGGAGGGGAUGGGGAGCAUGGCAGCAUGGGGAGGGCAGGAAACUGAGGCCAUGCAGAGGGGAGGUUCUGCAGGUCAUAGUGUUGAGGUUGUUGAGAUGGUGUAUGAGCCAGUGGAGGUGGGAGGUUCUGCAGGUGAGGGUGUUGUGAUUGAGAUGGUGUCUGAGGGCGUUCAGGAGGGAGGAUCUGCAGGUCAGGGUGUUGUGAUUGAGAUGGUGUCUGAGGGCGUUCAGGAGGGAGGAUCUGCAGGUCAGGGUGUUGUGACUGAGAUGGUGUCUGAGGGCGUUCAGGAGGGAGGAUCUGCAGGUCAUGGUAUUGUGAUUGAGAUGGUGUCUGAGGGUGUUCAGGAAGGAGGAUCUGCAGGUCAUGGUACUGUGAUUGAGAUGGUGUCUGAGGACUUGCUGGAGGGAGGAUCUGCAGGUCAUGGUGUUGUUGUGAGUGAGGUGGUGAAUGGGGUCAUGCAGGAGGGAGGUUCUGCAGGACAGGGUGUUGUGAUUGAGAUGGUGUCUGAGGACUUGCAGGAGGAAGGUUCUGCUGGUCAGGGUGUUGUGAUUGAGAUGGUGUCUGAGGACUUGCAGGAGGGAGAUUCUGCUGGUCAGGGUGUUGUGAUUGAGAUGGUGUCUGAAGACUUGCAGGAGGGAGAUUCUGCUGGUCAGGGUGUUGUGACUGAGAUGGUGUCUGAGGGUGUUCAGGAAGGAGGAUCUGCAGGUCAUGGUAUUGUGAUUGAGAUGGUGUCUGAGGACUUGCUGGAGGGAGGAUCUGCAGGUCAGGGUGUUGUUUUGAAUGAGGUGGUGAAUGGGGUCAUGCAGGAGGGAGUUUCUGCAGGUGAGGGUGUUGUGAUUGAGAUGGUGUCUGAAGACUUGCAGGAGGGAGGAUCUGCAGGUCACGGUGUUGUGAGUGAGGUGGUGAAUGAGGUCACGCAGGAGGGAGGUUCUGCUGGUCAGGGUGUUGUGAUUGAGAUGGUGUCUGAGGACUUGCAGGAGGAAGGUUCUGCUGGUCAGGGUGUUGUGCUUGAGAUGGUGUCUGAGGACUUGCAGGAGGAAGGUUCUGCUGGUCAGGGUGUUGUCCUUGAGAUGGUGUCUGAGGACUUGCAGGAGGGAGGUUCUUCUGGUCAGGGUGUUGUGCUUGAGAUGGUGUCUGAGGACUUGCAGAAGGGAGGUUCUGCAGGUCAGGGUGUUGUGAUUGAGAUGGUGUCUGAGGGUGUUCAGGAAGGAGGAUCUGCAGGUCAUGGUAUUGUGAUUGAGAUGGUGUCUGAGGACUUGCUGGAGGGAGGAUCUGCAGGUCAGGGUGUUGUUUUGAAUGAGGUGGUGAAUGGGGUCAUGCAGGAGGGACUUUCUGCAGGUGAGGGUGUUGUGAUUGAGAUGGUGUCUGAGGACUUGCAGGAGGGAGGAUCUGCAGGUCACGGUGUUGUGAGUGAGGUGGUGAAUGAGGUCACCCAGGAGGGAGGUUCUGCUGGUCAGGGUGUUGUGAUUGAGAUGGUGUCUGAGGACUUGCAAGAGGGAGGUUCUGCAGGUCAGGGUGCUGUGAAUGAGAUGGUGUCUGAGGACUUGCUGGAGGGAGGAUCUUCAGGUCACGGUGUUGUUGUGAGUGAGGUGGUGAAUGGGGUCAUGCAGGAGGAAGUUUCUACAGGUCAGGCUGUUGCUGUGAGUGAGAUGGUGUCUGAGGUCAUGCAGGAGGCACAUUCUCCAGGUCAGGGUGUUGUUGUGAGUGAGAUGGUGUCUGAGGCUGUGCAGGAGGGAGGUUCUACAGGUGAAGGUGUUGUUGUGAGUGAGAUUGUGUCUGAGGCUCUACAGGAGGGAGGUUCUGCAGGUGAAGGUGUUGUUGUGAGUGAGAUUGUGUCUGAGACUGUGCAGGAGGGAGGUUCUGCAGGUCAGGUUGUUUUGGAUGUGGGUAAGAUGGUGUCUGAGGCCAUGCGGGAGGGAGCAUCUGCAGUUCAGGGUGUUGUGGUAGGAGCUGUGUGUGAGGCAGAGGAGGCUGUGGAGGAAGCUAGCUUGGGAGAAGCUGGGUUUGCUGGGGCAGCUGACCCUUAUGGGGAAGAGUCUGUCAAGGAAACAACUUCUGGGUGGGUGGAGGCUGUGGAGAAGCCUGGGGCUCUCCCGGAGGCCUUGGGGAAUCGGGAUGUGUGCACAGGAGAGGCUGUGCCUGGAGGAGAUGACUUUGUAAAGCCAAAUGUGUUUUCCCAGCUGAAAGCGUCAGGGGAAGAGUUGGCGCAGAAGGGGAAAGCAGCAACACCUGAGGUUGGCGAGGCAUUGGAGGUGGAGGGGAGUUCUUUCCUGAGAGUAGAAGACACAGUGGAGGAGUCUGUGGAGCCUGGCAAGGGUCCCCUGCUGCAAGAGGCACCUGCACUGGAGGCACUGGUGGGUGCUGGAGGGGAUCCCUUAAGUGAAGGAUCACUUAGGCUGGAGGAGACCUCAGCAGCAGAAGAGGAGGAGGGCUCAGCAGAAGCAGUCUUGUGUGGAAACCCAUCUCCAGGCAGCAAGGCAAAGACGGAGGGAGCAGUGGAAGGGAAAGCGGAUGGAGGGGUGGGGACGGUGUGUGUGCAGGGCGCCAGAGCAGAGCCAAGGGCUGGAGAAGACGGCACGGGGCGAGCAGCGGGUCCGGGGCAGCGGGCAGAUGGGAUGGGCGGACCCCCGGGGUGUGCUGAGGGGACAGGGAAGGCGCAGCCUGACGGCCACGGGGCACUGGAGGGGACAGCGCGGGCUGCCCCGGGGUGGGGGGGGAGCGCGGCGGGGGCAGCGGGGCAGGAGGGGGCCGCGGAUGGGGCCGCCGAGGCGCUGAGCUCCCCGCGGCUGCAGCGG